CACCCGCUCCACCCGCUGUGCCCGCUGUGCCCGCGGGAGGGGUCGCCGCGGAGCCGGGAGCGCGGAGCAGCUGCUGGGGGCCCAGGGCCCGCGUCCCGACCGGAGAGGCGACCGCAAGCUGCCAAGAUGUGAACGUGAGGAAGGACGUCGGAAGCAACAAAGAUGCUGUGGGCCCGCAGCGCCGCUGCGAUUAGACUGGCUAGUUUGUAUCUCGUGGAGGGUUCUCCAGGCGCAUGACUGCUUCUCGGGACAGCCCCUCCGCCCGCCCGGCAGCGCCCCCUGGGCUCAGCAUCCGCUCCCACGCCGCCCUCCUGUGGGGUCCACGCAGCACAGGGAGGUCUCCGUUCCGUGCUCCCACGCGCGUGGGGGAGAAGGCCCGACGCGGCGCGGCGCGUGUGCACGGAGCCCCGAGAAUGUGCCGUCUGUCUAACGUGGCUUUCCUCCUCCUGGUGCACGUGGGGCCCGCGCUCGGAGCUCCGCAGGCCUGGUCUGUGUCUUCGGAUGAGUCCUGCAUUUUCAGCCUGACCUUGAGGAAUUUCCGGCCAAUUUUAUCCUGGGAAUUAAAAAACCGCUCCAUUGUGCCAACUCACUACACGCUGUGGCACACGAACAUGAGUGAAAGAGAAGUCCCCCUGGAGCUGGUCCCGGAGUGCGCCAACAUCACGCGGCCCUCCUGCGACCUCACGCACCACUGGCGCAGCCUGGCCGAGAUGUACCUGCCCCGGCUCGUCGGGUCCCGGGGCAGCGCCACGCUGGUCGACUGCGGGGGCUCCAUCUACCCGGACGUGGACAUGACUCUGGAACCCCCCGAGUUCGAGAUCGUUGGCUUUGUGGACCACAUCAACGUGAUACUGAAAUUCCCACCCUCCUUGCCCAAGUUGCCACCUGGGGAAGGAUUGUGGCUUCACCUGUCACUUUCCAUAGAAGAGGAGUCAGAGGGGAUUGUAAAGAAGCAUCUGCUCAAAAUAGAUGAACGCACCACCGGGAACUUCACUUACGUCAUCGACAAGUUGAUUCCAAACACGAGCUACUGUGUGUCUGUCUAUUUGAGGGGUAACAUUCUGUCUCGAUCACUGAGGUCUCCCUGGAAGUGUACCCGCCUCCCGCCCAGACAGGACUCAGAGUCCUCCGAGUCGGCCGCGGUGGGAGGCCUGGUCAUUCCGUUUCUGGUAGCCGCCGUCCUCGGUAGCGUUGUCACAAUACUGAAGCGGGUUGGUUACAUAUGCUUACGAAGCAAAUUCCCCAAAGUGUUGAACUUCCACGGCGUGGCCAUCUGGGCGUUUCCCGAGCUGCCGCCCUUGGAGGCGGUGGCCGUGGCGGAGGUCAUCCACAUCCACAGGAAGAGGAAAGUGUGGGAUUACAACUACGACGACGAGAGCGAUGGGGACGAUGAGGCCGCCGCCCGAGCCAGCGCCGGGGGCUACACCAUGCAUGGGCUGGCCGUCAGGCCUCUGUGCCCGGGGUCCCCCUCCUCGGGCACCCUGGGGGGCGGCGAGGAAGCCGAGUCCCUGAUGGCGCCGGGGCCCGAGCCCUGGCCGGCCGAGCGCAGCAGUGGAGCCUACGAGGGGAAGGGGAGUUGGGGGACAGAGCGCAGUGGGGCCUCCGAGGAGGAGGGGGCCUGGCCGGCGGACCCCUUUCCCAAGGAGGACAGCGGCCCCACCGAGAGCCCCGGGCACCGCAUCUUCUUCAACGUGGACUUGAACUCCGUGCUUGUGAGGGUCCCCGAUGGGGACGACUCCGGAGCCGCCGCAGUGUUCGGUCCUCCGGAGGAGACGGCGGGCUUGGACGACCCCGAGGACAGCGCCGCGGGGCCCGAAGAGGCUCCUUGUGAUGAAAGUGACACCCCCACGUCCAACACGGGCAUCGGGGACGGUUAUAUGAUGAGAUGACCCCAACAUACGGCCUUACCCGCAGCUAGCUCUCCCCCCCUCGCUGCUCCUGUGGCGGGCAAGUGUUGGGGGGGGCAGAGCGCCCCUUCCUGGGACACCACCUAUGCAAAUGAGGGGAAGGGAGAGAGGGGAGACCGAGUGUCACCGUGUCGUCACCGGGGCCUCUCACAUGUUCAGAGGGACAGGCUUUGCAGGGAAUGCCCUGACCUCUAUGCACGCACUGAUCCCAUUUCUGCCUCUGUUUCCCGAAGGAGCGGGGUCCCCUGGGGUUUCCAGGGGUGGCCCUGGGCCCUGGGGAGUAAUUAAAGGGGCAGGGGAGGGCGUGGGGGAGAAAGCAGACGGUUCGGCCGCCGCAGGAGCCGUCCGCAGUGGCCCCCGCGGGCUCCGGGACAGAGCAGGAAGGCAGAGGGAGGACCCAGGAGGCCUUCACGGCCUCGGAAGAAUGAAGGCCUGAGGUUCCCGGGCCUUCAGCCAUCGCCGUGUGUGCUGACUCCAGAUGCCCUACCUGUGACUACAGUCCUGUGAGGGGGGGGAGGGGCAGGCUCCAGAGCCUCAGUAGCAAACGCCCAGGACUCCCGCCUCUGAGCCCAUUGUGCUGUGUGGCCCUGAGCCCUUUGCUCAGCCUCUCUGAGCCUGUGUACUCACUUGUGAAAUAAGGCGACUGGACAAGGUCAUCUCCGAGACCCUGUGAUGCUGGGAGAAAUAUUAGGAAACUAGAGGCCCAGUGCACAAAAUUCGUGCACCGGGAGGGUCCCUAGCCACUGCCAGCUGCCGGCCGGGGCCUCCCUUCGUCCCGCGCCGCUCCCUGGUGGUCAGCGCACGUCAUAGCGAGCGAUCGAACUCCCGGUUGGUUGAACUCCCAAGGGGACACUUUGCAUAUUAGGCUUUUCUAUAUCUAGAUACACAGGUCUGAUGACGGGCAGAGGGGCCACAGCCCAGGAGGCUCCGGGGUGAAGGGAGGGUAUAGAAAACCCCCCCCCCCGCCCCCAACCUCGGCCCCUCACCCAGGAGCAGGGUCCUCGGACCUUCCUUCUGGAUCCUUUUGAGGCUGGGGGACAGAGUUUACAGCAGUCCUACUAGGUCAAGGACGUUGAAUAGAUUAUUUUCUUGUUGCUCUAAAGUAACUCAAAAGACAGGUCCGAGAGAGCGCGAGGCGGCGGCGAUCUGAUGGGUUCUGUAGCAAAGGGACAGGGUCACAGACCAGCGGUCGCCAGCCUUGCAGGCCUCACGGACCACCGGUUGGCGAACGCUGUUGUGGACGUCCGUCCCUCUGCCUCCAAGUGCCGCCGUCGGCCGUGCCCUGGAAGAUUGCCAGAGUGACCCCUCCCGGUAGCCCCUCUCUGGCAGCGUGUGUACCUGUGUUUUUAAAUUUUGUAUCAGGGUUGGCGGUUGGGAAAGGAUAACACAGAGAUACUUUUUAAUGCAAA